AAGUUGGUAUAUCAUUGUUGUUAGAAGAAGAAGUAUUUGAUUGUUCAAAGAUAUUAGAUAAGUUUUAUGUAUAUUUAAUAGCUUCUUUGUUUUUAGAUGUAGUUGAAGUGUUAGAUUGUGGUUCUUGGGUUGAAAUAAGUGGAAAAAGAUUGUUAAGAGAGUUUGAUUUUGGUAAGAGAUUAUCUACCAAGCUAGAUAUAGAAGGUGGUUUGGCUUGUAAUUUAAAUAAGGAAGAGCUUUUAGUUUUUAAAUAA